UAUGAAAUUUAUGAUUGAUAUGAUCAUCCAAUUCAAUUCUAAUUCAUAUCAAAGUUUUGAUAUUUUGUUGAUACCAGUGAAUCGGGAAGUAGUCUUUCCAUUCGGGAAACAUGUAAGAUCAAUACACGAGUCACGAUGAGUCUUUGCCAAGUUGGAAGCCCUUCAGUUUUCGGAUAUUUGCACCGGAUCAAUGAUUUGAAAUGCCAGGUCCUGUAUCACGACAUAAUCCUUAUUUGAAGUUGCCUUAUGCAUCACAUAAAGGCGUGGUUCCUCAGCAUUAGUAAGUAUGUCCGAGCCUUUUACCUUCUUCCCGGUACAGUCCCGUAUCACACCUUCCCUAUGCAUCUUACGCAUCCUUUGCAUUUUGAUAAACCUCAAACUCAACAGCUAAUUUUGUUCCCGUAAAUUUUGCUUGCAUUCGUAAUUGUUCGUCAUUGGCAAGUCAGAACAUUCUCCGUUAUCCCGUCUGAGGCUGUGAGAGGAAUGUGUCCGAUUGGGAUGUCUCUUGGAAGUAUUAUAUCAGCUAACUGUUGCAAGGGUGUCAGACGACGCCAACCCUCGGAUUUCUCUUUGGUGAAUUCAGCCCAUGUGGCAUCUUUAUUAAAUACCUAGGUAUGCUUUAAUAAAUGAUUCAAUAUAUUCACCGUGUUCGCUGUAUUCGUUGCUACGGCUGGGUCAACUCUCUCCGGUUUUACGUACCCCGCAGGGCACGCUUAAAUUUCACCACCUGCCCAAAUUCCAUCUCGUUCCUCCACAUUAAACUUCCAUGAUACAACAAGUCGAUAGGUAUCAAAUAUGCCGAAAUUCUUCAGUUCCGUGCUUCUCAUUUCCAUCGUCCUCUUCGUCGUCCACGCGGCUCCAGCAAGCGCCGCAGCAGGAGGCUUCUUAAGCCAAAGUCGCUGCGAUGGAUCUACCUUUCAAUUUUACGACAUAGUCGAACUAGGUCCUGCUCCUGAAUACAAAAUUACAGUUACACCCAAUCUCUCAGGUCUUUGUCCCGGAUCGUCCGGCCAAAUGACAAAUUCCACUUUGAAUUUGAAUAAAUGCCUCGCAAACAAUAAUGCUCAUCUCCUCGUACGUCCCUUCCUCCCUUUGAAUUUGAAUUUGAAUUUGAACUUCCUCGACUGACAUGAACGGAAUAGUGGCAGAAGAAGUACACAACCUCUCCGCUUUCCUUGAUUCCAUCUAACAUAUCUAUACAGUGGCAUGUUCCAAAGCUCCUGCGGCUGUACACUCCAAAUGCCAAAUCUAUGCUGCGGCUGCAGUAAAUCAAACGGCGAGACAGUUGAUAGCGGAAUCUGCGUCGAUCUCAGUAUGUUUGUUUCUUCCUCGUUGCACUAAUAUUCUCCUAACAUGUGCCCCAGAUCAAGGAGUCGCAGCAGCAGCUGGAAAAUUGAAUUGCGAUACUCUUCCUAGCAACAGUUAAUGGUAUGCAAAUUGUUUAGCAGGGAAAAGUUUCAUGUGGUGUUGGCAUAGCAUUUAUUUGGGCUCAUUGAUUGGGUUUAGGAACUGCUGGGUUUGGGAUUUCCUGAUUUUGAGGGGUUUUUUGGCGUAAGACUUUGGAUUGGGAAAUCUAGACAUGGCACAGCACAGUACACGCAUUAAGAUUACAUUUUUUUCAUUCCGGAAAUGAUGAGGUUUCUUUUAGUACACGCUUUGGGAGUUGCUAUUUGAAUUUUCAUAAUUUCUUAUUCAUUUAUUUAUUUACUUCUUUCAUUUGCGAUACCUACUUC